AUUACAAACCUCCGUCGCUGUACACGACCGCAUCUGCACUCGACUACGAUAAAUUUCACAGUCAAUAUCUUUCAUUCAUUACUCACUUUCUUUUUGAUACAGACGUGUCUCUGCGCGGAAUUCGAAGCUCUGAGUUCCGCGGCUGAUGACAAUGCUCUCUACGAACCAACAAGACGUCUCAACUAUCGCACAACGUGUCCACAACUGCCUGAACAAGUUCCAGGAGGCCUUAAAUGAUCUUCUGGUAGCAAAACCACAUAUAAAAGCGAAGCUACCCGCAGGCGGACUCUUGGAUGAGCUUGGUCGCUUUCGCAUCUGGUCCGGCAAUGUUGGGGCGCAUAGGAAAGGCCGAGGCUCGUUGGACUUUAAGCUUCGCGAAGCAUCACACAUUCGUGAAAGAGUUGUUGAGCUUGUUCAGGAUGCGACUGUUGUUCUUGGAGAGCUACAAGCUCUUUUUACCGGAGCUCGAGUCCCAUGGGAAGAUUUGUCCGACUCCGAUUCUGAUACAUCUACAAGCUGCAGUGGAGAGCAUCAAGAAUCGACUACUGAGCUCUCUCAGCUUCUUUCAAAUAUUGCAGAGAUCAACACCUGCUUGAUGCGGCUCUCCAUGUCGAUCAGGAACCCGGCCCCACAUGAUCAGUUCAAACAGUCAAAGCAUAUUGGUUCCAGUCAUUACGAAGCCUUUGAUGUAGAGCAUGUGCGCGAGAAGUUUCCACAUGCUGCGGAUUACUUGGUUGUUCGACUGGGUCAUGCCAUCUCACGUCGUCGGCAAUUUUUGCGCUACCGUGAAGAGCAUCGUAGAAAAUACCAACAAGGUCUGUCAUCACGGGGUCCGUUGCAACCAGAAGCCAUCCAAGCAUCUGCAGAAGGCAAUUUACAGUUGCAGCCAGGCACAGCAGCCACAACUUCUGAGGAGCACCAAAGUACUGUUGCAUCGUCGAUCCCCUGGGCCUUGAAAAACAUAGGUUCGAUCCAAGAACUCGACGAACACGAUGAUCUUAUAGAAACAUUGUCACAGACGACAUACGCUGCAUCGACUGGUACCUCGACCAGGCUUCGGCCACCGCCAUUGCCGGCGACAGGCGGUGAUGGUGGUCAGCCGUUUGAGUGUACUGUCUGUUUUCGCAUUACGUCCGUACAAGAUACGCUCGCAUGGCACAAACACGUUUAUAGAGAUUUGCAACCUUAUGUUUGCACCUUCCAACACUGUGAGAUGCCAGAUCACACCUAUGAAUCGAGACACGAAUGGUUCGAACAUGAAUCUUCGGUGCACCGAGGAUACUGGGAAUGUCUUGAAGAUUGUAAUAAGAAGUUGGAUUCGGCCGACAGCUUACAGGAGCAUCUGAAACUCGAGCAUCCAGAUCUCGCGAGUGCUACGCGAGUCGCUGACCUCGUUAAGACAUGCUAUAGGCCAGCGCAGGAUCAAAAGGAGGCCGAGUGCAUACUCUGCCAAUUUGUUUGUCCGUCACUUCUCGUCUUACGCCGCCACCUUGGCGAACAUCAGGAAGAGCUCUCACUCUUUGCUUUACCAUCAUAUGCCAAUGAAGAUAACCACGAAACCUCCGACGAUGAAGAUAGCUCACGGAAAAGUGAUGUUAGUCGCAAAUUGCCACAAACGACGGAUAUUCGCUGUUCAGAGUGCAAUCUUGACUUUGAGGGCAGCGCCAAAGAGCAGCGCCAAACCCUGGACGAUCACCUCAAGAAAAUUUUGCACAGCGAUGCGACUAGGCUAAGGUACUCAAGCUGGCGUCACAGCCUCAAUGCAUAUCUGGAUGGUUGGGGAAUGUGGGAUUGGUGUGAUGGAACAAAUCAAAUGCCACGACCCUCCCUGCUAAUCCCAGAGCCUCACGAAGAGCGUGAAUUGAGGCUGGCCUGGCUCAGUCAAGAUGAACAAGUCAAACAAGCAAUCUGCAUGCGAUUGUCAGAGAAACUGGGUAAGGAUAUCCUUCCAUCCUCAUCUUUGAAGCCUUAUGUCACGGCGGAAGAAACACUGGUAGCGCUAGAUAUGCAUUGGGGCAUGAAUGCAACCGAACCGACCCAUGACGGUCCGAUGAAUGAGGUCAGAUCCUCGCUGGAGAGCGAAAACGAAGAUCCAUUGGGAACUGAGCGCGAUUUAAGCACGGCUACAAGAAUCGAAGGAGCGGAGUCUGAAACAGCAUUCCAAGAUCUCGAGAUUGAUUCGGACUCAACAUCUAUGUUCAAUGAUAGAAAGCCUUCCUGGCAAGAAGCAGGACGUCUUGUAGAGGCAAAUGGCGGCUCCCGUUUACUGGAUGAGCAUAAUUUAUGGGCCAAUCUUGGCUACGACUUGGACCUUGGUCGCGAGUUAACAGAAUCAGAGAUUACUAAAGUCAAGACGAUGAAUCUCUUGUACAACUUCACUCCGUAUGGUGGUCCAGAUACAAUCGGAGAGCAGCAAAGUCCGGCAGACCACGAAUGCAUCACGUGCGAUAGACGAUACGCUAAGCAAGAAGUGUUUACUACACUGGAUGAAGCUAUGAGCCAAGCUCCAGGGAUGUAUGCACAGCAAGAUUGGGCAGUUUCAAAACGUGAUGGGGGAUGGAAACAUUACUUGAGUAGCAUGAGUAAGGUGUCUCUAAAGGCCGACCUCAUGUGCGCUCCCUGUAUCCUCCGAAGUGUUUGUGAGGGUCAACGUUGGCCACUCUACGACAUAGAAACAGGAUCCUGGGGAGUAUUUUCAUCGUCUGAUCAAACAAACAGACCCAAGGGCCCUGAAAUCCAGCCAUUGUAUCAUACUAUUCUGGAGGAACUAUCAGAGGCACUAUCGUCUGCUCUCACCGAACCCGAAACCCAAAAACAGACUGCUAUCAAUGCGUCCUUUUCGAACACCACGGCAUCUGGAAAUCCUCGCCCCCAACCUGAGCUUGAUGUCUCCAGUCCAGCGGCUAGCUCAGAGAGUCAUCAUUCUUCGCGACACUCUGUGGUGUCUGACGAGGGACAUACUAACAAGAAGAGUGUAGAUCCUUCUCUACUUUACCCGUGGGAUCUAGAUGCAGAGCCAGAUACUGAAGAACUUUUGGAAGCAGAGUCACCGGCAACCUACAAGUUCGAAUGCCCUGUGAAGAAGCAAUGUCUUAUGACUGGGAGGCUGCCUGACUGUGAUGGUCUGAGCACCCCUUCCUUAAUUGCUGUGCGACAACACCUCUCCCACGCCCCUCAUAGGUACACGGAACUUGAUAUCUGCAAGACUUGUGGCCAAGUGUUUACCACCAGACAUCUGUUAGAUGCACAUUCACCAACGACAUGCAAUAUACGAAAGCCAUGGGUUGAUCCGAUGGAGCGAUGGCGAAAUCUAUAUUGUGCGCUUUUUCCCAACGUUAACGGGCUUCCUGAUCCACGAAAUGGUUGGACGUCACGAGCUGAAGCAAUUGCAAUGUACGAGGCAGAAGAGGCAGCGGAGCUCAUACAUAUCAUAGCGCAAGAGGCGUAUCUAGAUAUGGAGAUCCAGAAACUGAAAAGCGAAGAGAAGGACUCCCCGACAGACGAAGGAGUUCGAGCAGAGCUUGCCGGGAUGAUGCAUAUGCGGACUCUGAAAUCUCACGAACGUGAGUUAUUCGAGACCGAUGACGAAGAUAGGAAGCGGGAAUUGGAGUUCGAUAUCGAGCAAAGAACACUGCUUUGGGACGAGCGGUACCCGGAAAGCAGCACGAAGACGAUCGAUGCUGAACUCAGGAAAGCAGUUGACGACCUCCACUCGGGCUUCACAGCUACACCGUCUAUUCACUUAAUCACUACGGACAAUGACACGGCUAUUCUCGACCAAUCUUGCACACCUUCCGAUUACCAGCCAGUUCCUUCCGGUGAAAUUACGUCUCAGCCAUCGCACGACGAGAGUUCUCAAUCUAUAUUUGGAACGGAGGUGGACAGACUAUCACCCUCGACCUUGGAGCAAGACGAACAUCCUGUUUCGGAGACAGAUGCAUUUCAAAUCAGAAAUGAAACCGCUGCUUACAAGGAAGCCACCCCUUCUACACUUAACGAAUAUCGGGUAUUGCAGGUUGAGAGCAAAGUUCCAGCACACGCCGUGCUUCACCUCGAGGCCUGGCUUAAAGCAAACAAACACCAUCCCUACCCAAAUGCAGAGACGAAGAUAGCUCUGGCGGAAGCAUGUGGGAUCUCCUUGAAGAAAGUCACAGCAUGGUUCACCAAUGAUAGGAAGAGACGUCUGGCGGUUUAAUAGAUCUAUGUUCCUCCGUCGUAGCAUUGAUCUGCUAGUACCGUCUCCCAGGUGGAGCUGUUGUGAACGCGGCAUCGUAAGCUCACUUGACGAUUACUCCAUUUAUUAGCGUC